ACUACCUGGGGCACUCAGGUCACAGAAGCAGUAAGUUAGAAGUCUGUGGGGUACCUGAGACUGUGCUAUCCUGGAGUCUGCCCGCCCAGCUGUUGAGAUGGAAGCCUCAGAUUGGCAAGGGGGUGAAGGAGACAAGCCACUAGAGAAGGUGGGGAGCGUUCCCUGUUUAGAGAGGAGUUCCAGCACCGUACCUGCCGGAGACGCUCUGGUCCGUCAUGCCAAGGGCCUGAGCCAGGAUACCUUCAAAAUUUGUAAAGAAUACCUGAGGCCUCUGAAGAAGUUCCUUCGAAAGUUGAACCUGCCCAAGGACCUUCCCCAGAAGAAAAGGAUAAAGCACGCGAAGCAGAGCCUUGAGGCCCUAGGGGACCAUAUUAACACCUUUCUGCAGCAUUACUGCCGAGCCUGGGAGAUCAAGCACUGGAAAAAAAUGCUGUGGCGGUUUGUCUCCCUCUUCUCAGAGCUGGAAGCAAAGCAGCUUCGCCGGCUCUAUAAGUACACCAAGACGAACCAGACGGCCAAGUUCCUGGCCGCACUCUGCCCCUUGGAUGCACCGGAGAGAUCACUGCUUGCCAACCAGGAGGACUGUCUUCCCAGGCUCUGCAGUGCCUGGGGCUUGCAUGGAAAUAUCAGCGGCAUGAAGGAGAGGUUGUCCAAGAUGCAAGCCCCUGGCCAAGAAGUUGUCAUGCUGGAGGAGCCAAGGUCCUCACACUACCCCAGAGGAGAUUCUUUAAGGAAACUUCCUCAAAAACCAAAGCUGAAGAAAAAGAGGAUUAAGGAAAGACCAGAAUCUCCCAAGAGCUGCUCCUAAGAAGAGCCACAGCGGUGGAGGCCAGCUCUCCCUGGCUCCCUUGGGCACUUGCAUGUAUACUCUGGAGGAUGAAGGGGUCGAAGAGGGUAAAGAAGGUUUACUUCAUCAAAAGGAUACUCAAUUUCUAAUUAUAAAUAAAUGGGAAA